UGCCACCGCCCACUUCCCCUCCCAAGGUCCCUGGUUCGCGUCAUGGCCGCCUCCACCCCUCUGGAGGCGAUGGUUUCCACACGCACCCUGGAGCACCUCGUGUACGACUUCGUCAUGGGUCAGCAGGAGGGCCCCGCUAACCUAGUGGCUGCAGAUGUGAAGUCUGGAUGCUAUACAGUGUUAGAAGUGGUGGAAGCCCUUGGGUCCUAUAUAGAGAAUCCAGAACCCCGAACUCGGGCCCGAGGAAUCCAGCUUUUGUCACAGGUGCUACUUCAGUGUCACUCCUUGCUCCUGGAGAAGGAAGUGGUACACCUCAUCCUAUUCUAUGAGAACCGGCUGAAGGACCAUCAUCUUGUGAUUCCACCUGUCCUGCAGGGCUUGAAGGCACUUAGCCUAUGUGUGGCGCUGCCCCCAGGGCUGGCUGUCUCUGUGCUUAAAGCCAUCUUCCAGGAAGUCCCGGUCCAGUCCCUACCACAGGCAGACCGACACUCAGUCUACAGUAUCAUCACCAACUUCAUGCGAACCCGGGAAGAAGAGCUGAAGGGCCUAGGAGCUGACUUCACCUUUGGCUUCGUCCAGGUGAUGGAUGGGGAGACGGAUCCCCGUAAUCUUCUGGUGGCCUUCCGCAUCGCCCAUGACUUCAUCUCCAGGGACUAUAACCUGGGAAUCUUUGUGGAGGAGCUGUUUGAUGUGACAUCCUGUUAUUUCCCUAUUGAUUUUAUCCCUUUUCUGCUGCCCCUGCUGAUUGAGAAAGUGGAUUCCGAGAUUCUGAGUGCCAAGCUGGAUUCUCUGCAAACUCUGAAUGCUUGCUGUGCUGUGUACGGACAAAAGGAACUGAAGGACUUUCUCCCCAGCCUUUGGGCUUCUAUCCGCAGAGAGGUGUUCCAGACGGCAAGUGAGCAGGUGGAGGCGGAGGGCCUGGCGGCCCUCCACGCCCUGACUGCGUGUUUGUCCCGCUCUGUGCUGAGGGCUGAUGCUGAGGACCUCCUUGACUCCUUCCUUAGCAGCAUUCUACAGGACUGCAGGCACCAUCUGUGUGAACCGGACAUGAAACUGGUGUGGCCUAGUGCCAAACUGUUGCAGGCAGCUGCAGGUGCCUCUGCCCGGGCCUAUGACCACAUCACCAGCAACGUACUGCCUUUGCUGCUGGAACAGUUCCACAAGCACAGUCAGAGCAACCAGCGGCGGACAAUCCUUGAAAUGAUCCUGGGUUUCUUGAAGCUGCAACAGAAAUGGAGCUAUGAAGACAAGGGUGAGAGGCCUCUGAGUGGCUUCAAGGACCAGCUGUGCUCACUGGUAUUCAUGGCCCUGGCAGACCCCAAUUCCCAACUUCAGCUUGUUGGCAUCCGUACACUCACAGUCUUGGGUGCCCAGCCAGAUCUCCUGUCUUCUGGGGACUUGGAGCUGGCAGUGGGUCACCUAUACAGACUGAGCCUCCUGGAGGAGAAUUCCCAGAGUUGCAGGGUGGCAGCACUGGAAGCAUCAGGAACCCUGGCCACUCUUUACCCCGUGGCCUUCAGCAGCCACCUAGUACCCAAGCUUGCUGAGGAGCUGUGCAUGGGGGAGUUGAAUUUAGCUAGAGAGGAUGAGCCCAACAAAAGUUCCCGGUAUCUGCACUGUCUGCAAGCCUUGUCAGCUGUAUCAGCACAUCCCAGCAUUGUCAAGGAGACCCUGCCUCUGCUGCUGAAGCAUCUCUGCCAGAUGAACAAAGGGAAUAUGGUGACAGGACCCAGUGAAGUUAUUGCUGUCUGUCAGAGCCUCCAGCAGGUGGCAGAAAAUUGCCAGCUGGACCCCGAGAGCUGCUGGUAUUUCCAUCAGACAGCUGUACCUUGCCUGCUUGCCUUGGCUGUGCAGGCUUCCAUGCCAGAGAAGGAGCACUCAGUUAUGAGGAAGGUGCUGUUGGAGGAUGAGGUCUUAGCUGCCAUGGUGUCUGUCAUUGGCACUGCCACCACCCACUUAAGCCCUGACUUAGCUGCCCAGAGUGUCGCCCACAUUGUGCCCCUCUUCUUGGAUGGCAACAUCUCCUUCCUGCCUGAAAACAGCUUCCCUUGCAGAUUCCAGCCAUUCCAGGAUGGCUCCUCAGGACAGAGGCGGCUGGUUGCACUGCUUAUGGCCUUUGUCUGCUCCCUGCCUCGAAAUGUGGAAAUCCCUCAGCUGAACCGACUCAUGCGGGAGCUUUUAGAGCUGAGCUGCUGCCACAGCUGCCCCUUCUCCUCCACUGCCGCUGCCAAGUGCUUUGCAGGACUCCUCAACAAGCACCCUGAAGGACAACAGCUGGAUGAAUUCCUACAGCUGGCUGUGGACAAAGUGGAGGCUGGGCUGGGCUCUGGGCCCUGUCGUAGUCAGGCCUUCACACUGCUUCUCUGGGUAACCAAGGCCCUAGUGCUCAGAUAUCAUCCUCUCAGCUCCUGCCUUACAAACCGGCUCAUUGGCCUCCUGAGUGACCCAGAACUAGGCCCAGCAGCAGCCGAUGGCUUCUCUCUGCUCAUGUCUGACUGCACCGAUGUAUUGACCCGCGCUGGCCACGCUGAAGUACGGAUCAUGUUCCGGCAGCGUUUCUUCACAGAUAAUGUGCCUGCUCUGGUGCAGGGCUUCCAUGCUGCUCCCCAAGAUGUGAAACCAAAUUACCUGAAGGGUCUGUCUCAUGUACUUAACAGGCUGCCUAAGCCUGUGCUCUUGCCAGAGCUGCCCACGCUGCUUUCCUUGCUGCUGGAGGCCCUGUCUUGCCCCGACUGUGUGGUACAGCUCUCCACCCUCAGCUGCCUUCAGCCUCUUCUAUUGGAAGCACCCCAAGUCAUGAGUCUUCACAUUGACACCUUCGUCACCAAGUUCCUGAACCUCAGCUCUAGCCCUUCCAUGGCUGUCCGGAUUGCUGCUCUGCAGUGUAUGCACGCGCUCACUCGCCUGCCCACCCCUGUGCUGCUACCGUACAAACCACAGGUGAUUCGGGCCUUAGCCAAACCUCUGGAUGACAAGAAGCGACUGGUACGCAAGGAAGCAGUGUCAGCCAGGGGAGAAUGGUUUCUGCUGGGGAGCCCUGGCAGCUGAGCCCUGUGUCCUGGCCUACACUGUUCUGACAGACAAUCUAACCUGGAGUUACUAACUAAUCAAGCCAUCUUGCCAAGGCAGGGAGACAUGGGAAUCCUGACUUAUAAUCGAUUUGUAAAGUAACUAAGUGUGAGACUACUUGUGUUGAAGAAAGAUCUUGGGGCUCUUCCAUUUGUAUGUCAGAAAGAGAUAUGCUGCUGAGCAGUGAGUGCAGAUGAGUGUGGCUCUGAGGAACUGAUGAUGCAUGUAUGUAUGUAUACUGCUGGAGAAUAAAGAUUUCUUUUGAUAA